UUAGUCUCAUUUCAGAAGCAGAGGGAUCGUGGUGGUCCUGGUCCAGCAGCAGCAGUCUCAGUCCUCUGGUCCCGCCCGGGUCCCUGGUCUCCGGUGGUCGUGAUGGUGGAGGUGGUCGGCCUCCAGGCCCAGGUGGCCUCCAUCAUGGAGGAGGUGGCGAACUCUGCGGUCAGACAGAUCUGUCAGCUGGUGGAGGAGGGCUGGGCGGAGCUCCGGGAACACCUGGAGGAGCAGAGGGACCGGGCGGAGAGGGAGAAGGAGGUCCUGAGGGAGCGGGUCCGGGACCUGGAGCUGAGGAUGAGGAACGGAGAGCGAAGGAGAGGGAGGAGGAGCCAGCAGAUAACCUAUACAGCUCCUAAUGACCUCCAUCCUCUGGCGUCUACGGCUCCUCCUCCUCCUCCGGCUCCUCCUUUGGCCUCCCCUGAAGAUAAGCUCCUCCCUCUCCUGUCUAAGCAGGAGCAGGGUGGAGUGUUCCCCGUCGUGAAGCAGGAGAAGGAGGACAGAGAGGACUGUAACCUGGACCUGAAGGUGGAGGUGAACAUCAGGGCGGAGUGUGGCCUGUCUGCAGCCCUGGAGCCCGCUGAGGAGGCCCCCCCCACAGAGAUCACCCUAGACCCCAGCAUCACCUCCUCCAUGCCCCCCUCCUCCCCCACAGAUGCCUCCUUGGAUCUGACCUGCCGCUCUAGGGCUAAACGCAAACCUUCCAAACCUCUGAUCAGCGGGGGGGUUGGCGAGCUGGGGGGGCCCCUGACAGAGGGGCCCCAGACAGACGGGGCCCUGACGGAUGGGGACCUGACAGACGGGGCCCUGAGGGACCGGGCCAUGACGGACGGGGCCCUGAGGGACCGGGCCAUGACAGACGGGGCCCUGAGGGACCGGGCCAUGACAGACGGGGCCCUGAGGGACGGGGCCCUAAAGCCAGAGAUGCAGACAGAAGACACUGCUGAGGAGGAGCAACCGCCCUCUCAACUCUCAGGCCCCCAGGGGUCAGAUGGCGCUCUGGGUCUAGACCUAGCGUGGAUGCAGGAGCGGGUCAGCCAUCUUGGCGCGGCGUUUGCCGUGGCUCAGCUGGGUCUUAACUCUGAGGCAGGCCACGCCUCCUUUUCUACUCAAGGGGGGGCCGACAGUCUAGACACCCCCCCUACCAUGCUCUUCACAGGCAGCGCUCAUGAAAUGGCUGCCUUUGCCGCCAGCUUUGACAUGGCUGCUGCAGUGGUAGCUGCUCCUCCCCCUCCACCGCCUCCGCCCCCCCUCCCUUCAGCCCCCUCAGCCCCUCCCACCAGGAGGACAUACAGGACCUCCUCUGCAGCCAAAGAGCCGGCAGUGUGCGCCGUGUGUGGGCGGGUCUUUCCCAGUGGCGCCGCCCUUGAGCUGCAUCAGCGAGUGCACACAGGGGAGAGACCAUACACCUGCCCCCACUGUGGGAAGGGCUUCGCUCAGCCCAACAACCUGAGGGUCCACCUGCUCAUCCACACAGGUGAGCGCCGCUACCGCUGCUCGCUUUGCGGCAAAAGUUUCAUCUCCUCAAGUCACCUGAAGAGGCACCGCACCGUCCACACGCAGGAGAAACCGUACAGCUGCUCCCGCUGUGGACAAUCCUUCAGCCAGAUGUGCAGCGUCCGCCGCCACCGGCAGCAGUCCCAGUGUGGGCUGUAGGGGCGGGGCUUAGAAUAAUCAGACGUGUGAUUGUGGGAGUUCAAUGACCUUGUGUUUAGAGAAAACCAGCUGUGUGGUCAUGUGACAUCACGGCUGUUACAUGAUGUGUCACUGUGAGGGCGCACUCACACUUGGCCCCAGUGCCCCGCCUCCUCAGCUAAACACCAUCCUACACUCAUAGAACUGAUGGCGCAACGGCAUCUGGCCAACGGUCGUCAUCACACCAGAAUCUGUCUGAUGCAAAAUAAUAACUACAACUAAGCCAGAGUUUGAUUUAAAAAGUAACUAAAGCCAGAGUUUGAUUUAAAGAGUAACUAAAGCCAGGGUUUGAUUUAAAAGGUAACCAAAGCUAGAGUUUGAUUUAAAAAGUAACUAA